GCAAGGUAGCGAUGCCUGGAGAGGAGAGGAGGGAUGAACUCGAUCCACGAUCUCUCAGGUUGGAGCGCAUCGGCACGCUCACGAUCGGUAUCUUGCUUCUACUGCUUGCGCUCGCAACCGAGGCGAGCGCUAUCGCCUUCCUUGCACUACGUUCUCACCCCGAUGCAUCCAAUGCAUCCCUCAUCAUUUCUGUCUCUGCGCUUGUACUUAUGGUCCUCAUCUGGCUGCCAAAACGAUAUCUCGCUCGUGCACUGAACAGCAGCACCAUGGCAGGCGAAGCCACAUGCUCGCUCUCGUGCAUCCAGAUAACAGUCGUCCUGUUUGUAGGAUCCUUGAUUUAUCGGCUGUGGGAAGGCGGAUGGUGGGUAGACAGCGCGACGAGUUUGGUGCUGGGACUGCUGUUUGGGAGAGAAGGGUGGGGGAUGGUCAGCUGGGCAAGGGGUGAACAGUUUGAUGGUGGAUGCUGCAGGGACUGCGCGCCGCCGCGGUUGGAGGGAGGGAGAAGAGAGGGAGAGAUGAGCGAACAAUAUCGAGAUAUAUGCGACUGCUGCGAGAAGCGGGAGGAGUGCAGGACCUCUAAGGCAUGUCGAUGCGGGGAUUGCAGUACCCAGCAUGUACAGGACGAGGGAUGUUGUCACUCAGAAGCAAGACCUACGGACAAAUGCUGCACCCGUGAACUCCGAUCCGGGCGGCGACCGGCUCAGGCCAGAUCCUGUGGGACAUGCAAGGAGAAUGAACAGAGAGAUUCUUGCUGACCGGAUUGCUGUGCAGGCGAGGCAAAGAAGGUGUCUUCUUGUGGUGCAGGCGGUCAUGCGUGCUCUACUUGUUGAACAAGAACACAGUCCUUGUAAUGUCGUUC